GCACUCCGACUAGGGCUGUACCACAUCGAGGCGCAGGAGGGCAGCCUCGGCUCUGUUUGUGGUUUGUGUGCGCAUGUGUUACAGCCGGUCAUGGCGGCGAUGUAUGUUUGUCCAUGAGGCGGGAAGGGAGACCUACUCUUACGGAUUAAAACGAGCAGCACCAAAGUUAGCGACCAUGGCUGGAGUAUUCGACAUAGAUUUGGACCAGCCGGAGGAAAAUGUUUCCGACGAGGAGCUGGAGGAGACGCAGAUCACUGACUUCAUGGAUCAAUGCAGUGGGUUUGAGUUUAACAUGGAUGAUUGUGAGAAGAUAGAAAUAUCUGAGGACAGCGUGAACCAGGGAGCGGAAAACAUCCGGCCAGAGUGCUUCGAGCUUCUGCGUGUGUUGGGGAAAGGCGGGUAUGGCAAGGUUUUCCAAGUCCGCAAAGUAGCUGGAGCAGCAUCAGGAAAAAUAUUUGCCAUGAAGGUUUUAAAGAAGGCUAUGAUCGUACGCAACGCUAAAGACACGGCCCACACCAAGGCCGAGAGGAACAUCCUGGAGGAGGUGAAGCACCCCUUCAUCGUGGACCUGAUCUACGCCUUCCAGACAGGGGGCAAGCUCUACCUGAUCCUGGAGUACUUGAGCGGCGGCGAGCUCUUCAUGCAGCUUGAGAGGGAGGGGAUCUUCAUGGAGGACACAGCUUGCUUUUAUUUGGCAGAAAUCUCCAUGGCUCUGGGCCACCUGCAUCAGAAGGGGAUUAUCUACAGAGAUCUGAAGCCUGAGAACAUCAUGCUCAACAACCAAGGCCAUGUGAAGCUAACAGACUUUGGGCUGUGCAAAGAGUCUAUCCAUGACGGCACGGUCACACACACCUUCUGUGGCACCAUAGAAUACAUGGCCCCAGAGAUCCUGAUGAGGAGCGGCCACAACAGGGCUGUGGAUUGGUGGAGCCUCGGAGCGCUCAUGUACGACAUGCUGACGGGAGCACCACCAUUCACGGGAGAAAACCGCAAGAAAACCAUCGACAAAAUCCUGAAAUGCAAACUGAACCUGCCACCCUACCUCACCCAAGAAGCCAGGGACCUCCUCAAAAAGUUGCUGAAAAGAAGUGCCUCCUCUCGUCUCGGGGCGACCGUGGGUGACGCCGCAGAGGUGCAGGCCCACCCGUUCUUCAGACACACCAACUGGGAGGAUCUGCUGGCCAAGAAGGUGGAGCCGCCCUUCAAGCCUUUCUUGCAAUCUGCUGAAGACGUGAGCCAGUUCGACUCCAAGUUCACCAGCCAGACGCCUGUGGACAGCCCUGACGACUCCACCCUCAGCGAGAGCGCUAACCAAGUCUUCCUGGGCUUCACGUAUGUCGCUCCAUCUGUGCUGGAAAACGUGAAGGAAAAGUUCUCAUUCGAGCCAAAAAUCCGCUCUCCCCGGCGCUUCUUGGGAAGUCCAAGAACGCCCGUCAGCUCGAGUCUGAUGCUGCAGUUCUCCCCCAGCCCCGUGAAGUUUGCCGGGGGCUGCUGGCACCAGGGCCCCCCCAUGCCCGUGGGCCCCAGCCGCCCUCCCCCCGAGCAGGCCAUGGAGGAGUCCAGCGUGGAGCAGAUGGACGUGGCGGCGGUGGCCAACAGCGAGGCGUCCGCGCCCCUGCCCAUCCGCCCCCCCGCGGGCGCUGCCCAGGGCCAGUUCAAGCAGCAGGCGUACCCCGUCAUGGCCAAGAGGCCCGAGCACCUGCGCAUGAACCUAUGACUCACAGCGCUUCCACUGGGGCGGGGACUUCUCUUCGUCUGAUUGGAUGCCAGGGAGAAGGGGGAGGGGCAAAAGCAGCAGCUCCACCCUGCCUGUUGUUGGCUGUCCUCUCUUGUGUGUUGAGUGAGUAUGUGUAUGUACUGAGCGUGUGUGUGUGUGUGUGAGUGUGUAUGUACUGAGCGAGUGUGUGUGUGUGU